UAUUACAAGACUAAAUGCAACAAACCAAAGAUUUUAACUUCUAAAGCACUCUGACUGAAAAGUAUCCAGACAAAGGAUGGCCACAGUGGUAAUUGACAGUGGAUCACUCUAUACAAAGGCAGGGUUUGCAGGAGAAAGUGAUCCAGAAGUUACGAUCCCAUUAAAUGCUGGGGACAUUCCGAGCCCUGUUGAAGAUGGGGUCAUCACCAAUUGGGAGAAUAUGGAGAAACUUUGGAGAGAAUUAUUUAGAGAUGCGCUUAAAGUUGAUCCAACCAAUCAAAAUGUUCUUCUCACAGACCCAAUGCACAACACUGACGCAAACAGAGAAAAGUUGGCCAGGAUGAUGUUUGAGAAUUUCAAAGUUCCAGCUUUAUACAUCGCUAGGCAACCUAUCCUAGUGUUGUAUAGUAAUGGUAUCACGAGUGGGAUGGUUGUGGACUUUGGACUUGAUGGUACCAGUAUCGUUCCAGUGAUUGAUAGCAAACUUCUACCUGAAACAAGCUUUAGACUUCCAUUGGGUGGAUCUCAUAUAACAAAAUACUUGGCCAAACUCUUAAACACUCGUGGCUACUCGUUUGAAACACCCGCUGAAUUGGCUAUUUGUGAAGACAUCAAGCAGAAACUUUGCUAUGUUGCGCUAGAUGUUGAGGAACAGAUGAAAAAGAAAGUUGAGCUUCUUGAGAGCACAUAUAUGCUACCUGAUGGCAAAUCUAUCACAAUUGGCAAUGAGCUGUUCAGAGCACCAGAAGCACUUUUCAAACCUUCAUCAAUUGGGAUAAAUUGUGAUGGGAUACCACAAGCAAUAUUUGCAAGCAUUAUGAAAUGGGACACAUCAUACCAAAAGAACUUGUUUUCAAACAUCAUUCUUACAGGUGGAACAGCAUUGGGUAAUGCAGGGAUCGCUGAUCGCAUCAAGAAGGAGAUUUCUGCAUUAGCACCUGCAGGUACGAAUGUCAGGGUUAAAGUUUCAGCUUACCUAAAAAAUGACAAAUGGAAUGGCGGUUCCUUAUUGGCAGCACACCCUGACAUCCAACACAAGUGGAUCACUAAGCAACAAUUUGAGAAGACUGGACUUUCUACAUUGCAUAAUUGAAAAGAACUUUGAUGUCAUAAAGCCUCUUUGAAGAAUCUAAACACACUGACAUUAAGUUUUAAAUGAUUGACCACAUCAAAAUGCAAGAUUGUAAUAUGCCAUUUUAUAAAACUGAUCUCUUCUGAUCUAUCAUAUUCCAGAAUACAAGAACUGCCAGACAAAGUAACCUUUUUAUCUAAUCCUAUUUGUCUGAAUUUACAGAAAAUUAGUUUUCCCUUAAGGUACCCUCCCAUAAAUAAAUAAUGUAUAUAAAGAUUAUCCAACAUGAGGUUCAGGAUAUUAGGAUUAUCUGAGGUCAAUAUAAUUUACCUGAGAGUCAGUGGUCACAAGGAAAGAUAUAUCU